ACAAUAUUAUGUCCAUCUACAACUUUAGUUCUGUCCCACAGUGGGAGAGAUCACAUCUCUGCAGCUAAACCUAACAGCUCACCAACAACUGAGAAGACAUCAGUGUCUGAGACCCAGCAGCAUAUGACAGCUACUCUUCCAACUUCACCACUGAAGAGCAGCUUGACAGGAUCCAAUAAGGAGACAACCUCAACACAUGGGACUUGGAAAGAGAGACUGAAUACAACCUUUACCACAUCCACCAACGCCAUGACAUUGUCAAACUCUGAGAUGACUUCUCUGUUGAACGACCAGGAAGGGACAUCCAGGACCACAACCUUACCCAUCAUAGUCACUUCAAAUGAGAACUCCAAACAGAAUCAGACAACUCCAAUUACAGCCCCCCAAACAACAAACACCCCAGCCAACAGAAUGGAAUCAUCAGCGUCCCCUGACUCUGAGAAGGCAGCCACCAGCAUAGAUCCAAUAGCAUUAAAGACACCAGGCGAUGACACUGACCCAUCUGGGUUCAUGACAAUCACUGUCUCUGAGAUGUCUGCUCCAAAUACAUCCUCAACAUUGGACAAAAUCAAUGACACAAGUGGACUUUUAUCCACGACGACCAGCACAGCUAUCUGCACUAACUCACUAAACACAACUACUCUGGGGACAACGGUUCCUGGAACAACCACAACUAGGACUCAGGAAGGGCAAAGUACAGCUGCACCCCCACCCCCAGCAACAAUCCCCAUGACAAGCAAGACAUCUGAUUCACAUCACAACACAGCCACUGGGACACCUUCCCAUCCUGCACAAACAGCCUCUGGUGUUGGCACUGAGACAAGAGCUGUUUAUUCCACCGUCCUUGUCCUCAGCUCCUCGGGGACAAUGAAAUCCUCUGCUAUGACUGAGCCCAGUCAAACCCCCCCCAGAUCUAGCCAGAAUAGUAGUCCCAGAGCCGAAGCCUGUGCUUUGGAUGAAUAUAUAGCUGGCCCAGGAGACUGUAGGUGCAAUGACAGCUACCACGCCCACACAGAAUUGUCCAGGAUGCCAGUGACCCUGAACUGCUGGCCACAGAAAAUUGAGGUGGCCCUGAGCAGCUGCUUCCUGGAGACUCAGCACUGGAAUCUGAAAAAAGAUGGCUUCUCAGGAUGCUCCAGCAUCAAGAAGAUAGAACAAGGUCACAGGGUCCAGGUCUUCAUGCUGGAGAAGAAGCAGGGGACUUGUGGACUCCAACUUCUUACCAACGACAGCCACGCCCUGUACUCUCUGAAGGUGCAGCUUCAGCAGGUUCUCCCUGGCUCCAACAUAACUGAGCCCACAAUACUCAGUUUCAGCUGCGCAUACCCUCUGGCGGUGAAUAUCAGCCAGACUCUCCCCCACCUGGUGGACUCCAUCCCGACCAUCCACUUUACCAGUACGGGGGACACUAUCAUCAUCCUGAGUGUCUUCACAGACUUUCAGCUCUCAACUCCACUCAAGAAUAGAACAGCUCCCCUUGGCACACUCCUCUACGUGGUUCUCAAUGCCACAAGCAGUGAUCCUGACAGAUUUGCUCUGGUGGUCAAUGAGGUCUUUGCCAGCACCAACACUGCCAACAAAGAGGCCGUUAAGGCCACCUACCAUUUUGUGAAUGAGAGCUGCCCAGUCCCCAGCCGGCUGCUCCAUGGUCUACAAUCCAACGGGGCCUCACUCCAGGUGACGAUAGCCUUCAAACUGUUCCGCUUCUUAAACAGCGAUACACUCUACCUGCACGCCCGAGUGACCCUAUGUGACAAGCUGGCGGAACGCCCGUGCCCACCGACCUGCAGUCUAAGGAAUCCGGCCGCGAGGAAUUCGCCCUGGGAGAGCCGAACGCGAGAGGACUUGGAGCGCGGCGGCAGAUGGAUAGUGUUCGGGCCUCUACGAAUAACGGAGUCCAAAGCCUCCAGGAGCAGGAACUCUCCAGGAUCCUGGAUGGCCAUCUUUCUCCUGAUGGUAAUUGACUGGAUCCUGGAUUAAAAUCCUCCCCAGAUCUUCCUCCAACCCUAGUCCUUGGCCUCUAAUUUACUUGCCUGAAAUAGGAAGAUUUAGGGAAAGGCAAGUAGUCUGUCCUCUUGUCGGGAACCAGAGAGGUUGGAAAUGGGACUAGCAUGUGGCCCAACAAUUACCUUGUAUUAGGUUGUGCUCCCUCAUCCUGCCUCUCUUCCAUCUCUGGGAUUCUUAGGGGUGAUUAGAUUGCUCUAAUGGUGGGGGAGGUGUAGAAGAUAUAGCCAAUAAAUACCAAGGAAUUCUACUUUGUUUUACUCCUUUCUGUAUAAUCUGAUCAAAAGCUUCAGUGCUCCGGGUUGAUGGGACUGAAGGACUAGGGGUGGUGAAUGGGUGAGAAGUCAUUUUAUUCUCAAGAAUAUUAAUUUCCCCACAUGUAAAAUGAAAGUUUGACUGAAUGAUCUCUGCUUCAACAUGGGAACUUUAUCUCAUUCCACAGAAAGGUCUAGGACUUUGGCCAGCUAAGUUCCACCCUGCUUUUUUUUCUGAAACAUGGACAAUAACUAUUCAAUUCCAGAAUAAGCAUUGAAUGUUUUUAUAUAAUUUUAUCCAAGUCCUCUCCUUCUACCCCUUAAUUAUUUCCAACCUCUUUAGUCCUCUCUUCCAUAGAGGGUGGAUACAGGCAGCAGUGUUUACACUACUAUCAUUAAUUCAUUCAAAAAUAGAUGUAUUACAUACCUGUUGCUAUUUUAAACCCAGAGGAUUCAACAGUACACAAGAUGCAGUCUUUCACCUUCCAGAAAGGACACUUGAGUACAGGGAAUAGAUAGUGUGGGUCAGAAAGCAGGACGGGCUUUAUUAUUUGGCAGAGGUAGCACCUACAUGAGGUGCAAUUUCACAAAAUUGCAGAAAAGCCUUUUUGCCUUUUGUUGUUUUUGAAAUACUGUUUUUUACUGAUAUCCAUGAUUGUGUUAGAAAUUAAUCUUCUGAGGAAAAUGUGGGUUUAAGCAACAUAAUAAAA